CUCCAUCUCCCAUCCGAAAGAAGAAACAAACUAAACGGGUGCUACUGGAACUGGCAUCACCAUCAUCAUCAGAUCAAAAAAGAUACUUAAAAACUAGCAUCACCAUCUCAUCCUUUACCUCUCCGGAUAUGCCGAACCCACGGGGAGGCCGGCUUGCGGAGGCGGGUCGGCGAUGGCGCAAGGCGUUGAACGUCGUCCGGACGCUACUCCGCUGGCUCGCGCCCGUCCGCGUCCUGCCGCUGAGCGCCUCCUACGUUGCCAUCGACAUGAACGACGGCAAUAAGCCCGACGCUGACGCUGCCACCCACAUCCGCUACGAGACCCCCGGCGCGGACGUUCGCAUCGACAUCCUCGGCGCGGCCGCCCACUCCUUCAACUUCAAGUCCCUGGUCAAGGAGAAGCGUCAGUGCAGCUUCCGCCGCCUCGGCGGCGCCGCCGAGAUCGCGGCCUUGCUCAAUUCCCACCCGGAGCGGGGCAUCGACGAGCGCGUCUACGACAUGCGCUGCCGCAAGGCCCAACACGGCGAGAACACCUACCCCGAGUCCAAGCCCAGGGGCUUCUUCAUCCACUUUAGGGACGCGCACAGGGACGUUUUCCUCGUCGCGCUCCUCGCCUGCUCCGUCAUCUCCCUCGCCUUCGGCAUCAAGGAGCACCGCCUCAGGGAAGGCUGCUACGACGGCGCCGGCAUCUUCCUGGCCGUGCUCCUCGUCUCCGGCCUAUCCGCCCACAGCACCCACAAUCAGGACAAGCGGGCCCACAACGACGCCAGCGAUUCCGCCAAGAUCACCGUCAGCCGCGACGCCGGGACGCGCGUCGUCCUCAUAUUCGACGUCGUCGUGGGCGACGUGGUCAUACUCCACACUGGUGACACCGUGCCGGCGGACGGGGUGUUCUUGAAUGGACACGAUCUGCAUGUGGACGAGACGGACAUUACCGGCGAGCCCCAGGCGAUCGAGAUCAACGCCGAGAACAGCCCCUUCCUCGCCGCCGGCGUUAAGGUUAUCUGCGGCCACGGCUCGAUGCUCGUGACCGCCGUCGGCACCAACACCUCAUGGGGCGGGCCUUGGAGCAGCCUGUCAACGAUGAGCAUCCACCCGGAGCCGCUACGGACUCGCGUAGAGAGUAUCAUUUCGACCGUCACCAAGGUCGGCCAAGCCGCCACGGUUGUCACCGUCACCGUGCUCGCCGCGCGCCACUUCACCGGCAGCGCCGCGGGGAAGCUGCCGCUACUGGACAAGGGCGUCCCGCUCGCGGUGGCGCUGAUGAUCACCUUCUCCAUGAAGCGGGUGCUCAAGGACAACGCGCUUGUGCACCAUCUGUCGGCCUUGGAGACGAUGGCGUCGGUCACAGUCAUCUGCAUCUGCACCGGAAGGCUCACGCACAACGAGAUGAAGGCCACAAAUGAAGCUUGCGCGAAGGCCGGCGUCGCCGUGAAGAUGCUUACCGCCGACGACAUCGCCGCGAGCCGCGCGGUCGCCACGGAGUGUGGCAUCAUAUCCAGCAACGACACCGGCGACGUCACCAUCAUCACUGGGCCCGAGUUCCGGAACAUGCCGCACGCGCGGCAGGUCGAGAGGGUGGACGAGAUCCGCGUCAUUGCGAUGUCGGGGCCCCUGGACAAGCUGGUGCUGGAGAAGCGGCUGAAGAAGAAGGGCCACGUGCUGGCCGAGGGCACCAACGACAAGUCUGACGAGGUGAUCACGGCCAUCCAGUCAGGCCGCUGCAUGUACAACAAUUUCCAGAAGAUCAUCCAGUUCUACCUCACCGUCAACAUCGUGGCCACCGUGGUCGACUUCGUGGCGGCCAUCACCGCAUGUGAUGCUCCGCUGAGCUCGGUGCAGCUCCUGUGGGUGAACCUGGCCAUGGGCGCCCUGGGCGCGCUGGCCCUGGCGGCGGACACGCCCACGGACGCGCUCAUGGACGGCCCGCCCAUCGCCCGCACGGCCCCGCUCAUCAGCGACGCCAUGUGGCGCAACCUCAUCGCGCAGGCGGGCUUUCAGAUCGCCGUUCUGCUGGUGCUCCAGCACCUCGCCGCCCAAGACAACAAGGGCACCGUUGUCUUCAACGUGUUCAUGCUCUUUCAGGUGUUCAACCAGUUCAACGUGCGCGGCGUCGAGAAGAAGAACGCCUUCGCCGGGGUGCUCAAGAACAAGAUGUUCCUCGUCAUCAUCACCCUCAUGUUUGUGCUCCAGGUGGUGACCAUGGAGGUGCUCACGAGGUUCGUCGGCGCCAAGAAGCUCGGCUUGUGGCAGUGGGGUGCCUGCGUCGCCGUCGCGGCCGGGUCGUGCACCGUCGGCUGGGCCGUCAAGUUCAUCCCCGUGCCGGUUGGCAGCUUGACACGCCUUGCAUUCUAACGGGCGUGUUAGACUAUCCGCGCAGCGGCAGUCUUCAGGAGCUCAUCACAACAGCUUAUAGCACGUGCAUGGCCAUGCAGCACUGUAUAUAAAAGUGUACGUGCGGCACUUAACCA